AUGACGCAUCAAAAUCACCAAACAAACGGUGCAAGUCUCGAGGAUUGCCACACGAACUUCUUCGCCUUGACGGAGCUCUAUGGCAUAAAAUGGCGUAAGCUCGUAUGGGGGGAGACGAAUGGCGGCGGCGACGGGGAGGAGGGUGGCGCGCCGCUGGCUGACCCAGUGAUCAGCAGCUAUGCGCGCUGCCUAGCUGGCGAUAUCCUGUGCGUGUGGCGGCGGGUGCCGGCGCCGCCACCGCCCGACAAUAUCUAUGAGAUAAGCACGCCCGUCCCGCCGCCUCUCUCCCUCCGAGCUGCUAAAGAGCUAUGGAUAUUCUGGUACGGCGAAGAACCUGACCUCAAUGGUCUCGUUGCACCAGAAUUGAUAACAAGCCAAGGUGACCAGGGAUCGUGGGAGAGUGGGCUCUCGUACGAAUGCCGUUCGCUGCUGUUCAAGGCUCUUCAUAACCUUAUUGAAAGAUGUCUACUGUCGCGGGACUUCGUGAGGCUUGGGAAAUGGUUCGUCCAACCUUACGACGGCGACGAAGAAGAAGUCGGCAAGAGUCCAUGGCACCUGUCGUUCUCGUUCGCGUUCUUCCUGCACGGCGAGAGCACGGUGUGCGCGUCCGUGGACGUGCGCCAACACCCGCCCGUCAGGACGCUCACCGCCAAGCGACUCGCCAAGAUCAACUCGCCCGACAACCAGGCUGAUGCCAAAGUGAUCCUGGCACCGUUCGGUCUGGAGGGCACGUUGACGGGGCGCGAGUGGAGUGACGCGGACGCGGGCACGGCGCGACUGCUCGACGCCUGGCGACAGCUAUACCCGCUGGAGCAGGGCUGCGGCGCUGUCGAGGUGGUGUGCGGCGGCGCCCGCAUGCGGUACCCGUGCCCGUACGUGCUGGUGACGCACAUGGAGGCGGCGGCGGCGCCCGCCCGGCCCUCCGCCGCGCCCGCGCGCACGCUCGCCGCGCUCACCACGCCCGCGCCGCACAAGGCUCCCGAGAUCUGCUACGGUGAGGCUGCGGGCGACAAGACGGAAGACUUCAUAGAUCCCACCAGAAAAACUCCUUGUACCUGUGCGAAAUGGCGGCGCCGGCGCGCGGCCCGGCCGCCGCCCUUCCACCGCCGCGCGCGCCGCCCGCCGCGCCCAGCCCCGCACCCAGCCCACACCGCCCACUCCGCCCACUCCAACCACUCCGCCCACUCCGCCCACGCCGCGCAGGGCCCGGGCGCGGCGUGUUCCCCGGCCAGUUGUGGCGGAGGCUCCCCUGCCCCGGGCGGCUCCGCCCCGCCCUCCGCUGGAGCACCACCACCCUCGCCACAUCACCAGCCCUUGCCUAAUCACCAGUCAACGGGCAUAGUACCAACGACGCUACAUACGCCUGCGCCGACGCCGGACCCGCAUGCUCCACCUACUCCCGCGCCGCCAUCGUUACCCCCGCCCAAAACGUAUACACAGACGGGGUCCCCGGGCGGCGCGUGGCGGCGGCCGGUGCUGGCGGCGGGCGCGGCGCGCGCCGACCCGCUGGAGGACGAGCACGCGCUGCACAUGCUCUACGACUACACCACCGUGCACGCCUGGUUGGAGCACCCAGUGAAACGGUUCAAGUCGUCCCAGAACAGUUUCCGCGAGGAGAUGGCGCUGGGCGCGGGCGCGGCCGGAGACCUCUACGCGGGACACGAUCACACCAAAAUGGCCGCCAUGAGGGACUCGCAACAAGACCUCAAGCAAGAGAAACUCGAUCAUAACGAGGACACGAAAGAGUACAAGAAUCUAUUCACGUCGGACGGCUUGUGUCCGACGCUGAAGGACCUGGAGCAAAUAUUCGACAACUCGGAUGACGCGGCCAGCGGAGAUGAGACGGUAAGACUUCUGCAGGUGGCGACGCCGCCCGACGCCAAGUGCGGCGAGGAGUCCCGCUGCGGGCGCGGCUGCCCGCGCGCCGAGGAGCUCAGCAAGAUGUUCCCCACGCCGCCCAGCAUGGAGGCGCACGCGCAGGCCUCGCCCGGCUUCUCGCUGCCCGACGACGCCACGCCGCUGCGCGCCGGCUCGCCGCCGCCCGACCAGGCCAUCGAGGACUGGUCCUACGUCUUCAAGCCGCCCACGCUCUACAAGUACGUGGGCUCCUCCAAGUACGCGCCGCUCACCACGCUGCCCAGCCAGCUCCUGCCGCCCGUCACGCUCCCGCCGCACGCCGUGUACCGGCCGCGCUACCAGGACCACGACCACGACCAGCCCAAGCCCAGGGACGAGGCCGACUCCGACACCGCGCGGCCGCAAACUGGGGUCAAGCGGUCCGCGCCGCCUACUCCGGAGAGUCGAGACGCGCGACCUCGCCGGCCUUGUGAUACUGCGCCGUCUAGCACUGGCCCCGGAGCGCGUACUGGCACGACGACGACGUCGACGUCGUGUGUGGCAGUGUCCCGUGCGGGCCGGCGCGGGCCGGACUCGGCCCCGGCAGCCCCGCACGCUGCGUGUCCACUGAUGCUGAACGUGUUGCUGGCCGACACCGUGCUCAACGUCUUCAGAGACCACAAUUUCGACAGCUGCACGCUCUGCGUCUGUAAUGCUGGACCCAAGGUGGUAGGCAACAUCCGCGGCGCGGACGCAGCGACGUACCUGUCGGGCUGCACGGGUAUGGGCGGGGGCGGGCCCGGGGGCGCGGGGGGCACGUCCCCUGCCUCCGCGGACGAGGAGCCCUCGCACUGCACCUGCGGGUUUAGCGCCAUUCUCAAUCGACGACGGGCCCACCGCGCCGGACUCUUCUACGAGGAUGAGAUGGAGAUCACGGGUCUGGCGGAGGAGCCCGGCGAGGGUGGGCAGGGCGCGGGGCUGGGCGAGGUGGCGCGGGUGGUGCUGGCCCAGAGCGCGGCCCCGGCCGGCGGCCCGGCCUCCGCCCUGGCGCGCGCCGCCACCGCCGCCGCCUCGCAUCCCCCCGCCGACGAGCUACGGCUCAACCUGCUCGAGUACACGGACGGCGGCACGGCGGCGGCCCGCGCGCUGCGGGCGGCCGUGAGCCCCGGCCUGCCCGCGCCGGCCGCGCCCGCCGCGCCCCCCGCCGUGCAUCGCUGGCCCUUCAUCGGCGCGCGCGCACCACGCUCCUCCCGCGACGUAGUCAGAUUAAUGCGGCGAUUAAGACCUUUGUUACAAGACGCUAUACAGAAGCGUUGUUGUGGUGCGCGCAUGUGGGACGGAGUGACAGGUCCCCUGACGUGGCGACAGUUCCACCGCCUGGCCGGGCGCGGCAACGAAGACCUCUGCGAGCCCCAGCCCGUGCCGCCGCUACUGGUCGGACACGACCGCGACUGGAUCUCCUUGUCUCCCUACGCGCUGCGGCACUGGGAGCGACUGGCGCUGGAGCCAUACUCGUACGCGCGGGACGUGGCCUACGUCGUACUGGCCGCCGACUGCGACGCUCUCACCGAGCCGCUCCGCGCCUUCUUCCGCGAGCUGUCGGCCGCGUACGAAGCGUGUCGCCUGGGUCGGCACCAGCCCAUCUCGCGGUUGGCUCGCGACGGCCUCGUGCGGUGCGCGCCCAGCUCGCGGCCCGAGCGCGACGACUGGACGGGCCCACUGCCCUCCGGCCGGCUGGCCGCGCAUCUACGUGCCUACGGCGACACGCUGCGGAGCUCACUGCUACCGCAACUGUCGGCACUGUCGCUGGACAAGACAUUGUUGGAGCCCGCGGAGCGAGCCGAACGGACGGAAGCCAUGCGGCCGCCGUCCACGCCGGAGCACCCCGCCACGCCGGGCGGCGCCAGCAGUGCCACGGAGGCCGACUCAGAGCCCGCAGCCCCCGGCGCGGCGGCAGGCGCGGCCGCGGGCGCGGCGGCCUGGGACUCGGACGAGGCGGGCGCGCCCGCGCUGGUGCUGUACGUGGUGGAGCCGCCCGCCGCGCACGCGCACCGCCCGCACGCGCUGCACGCGCUGCUGCGCCUGGCCGCGCGCGUCAUGGACCAUCUGCAUCACCACAACCCACUCGUCAAGAUCAUCUCCCUGGAGAGUGUGUGCGCGCGGUGGGGACUGGGCUGCAACACGGAGGCGACGAGCGCGGGCAGCGCGGCGAGCGCGGGCGCGGGCGGCGGGGCGGGCGGCGCGGCCGACGUGCGCGCGCUGGCCUUCAGCGUGUUCAGCGGGGCGCGCAGGCUGCUGCAGCACCACGCCAACGGGAAGUCGCUCACCGGCUUCGGCACCGCCGCCGACGCCAAUCUCUUCCUGCAAGGCAAAGACGAAAAAAAUCGCGAGCCCUACAAGUUAUUCUCCCCGGCGUGGGUACUGGCGGCGCCGCGCGCGCUGAAGGAGGUGGCGGAGACAUGGGGCCAGGGCGGGGGCGAGCAGGGCGGGGUGCUGUUCCUGGCGUACUGCCUGAGCCACGACCAGCGCUGGCUGCUGGCCGCGGCCACGGACGCGCGCGGCGAGCUGCUCGACACCGCCGCCAUCAACAUACACGUGCCGCACAGUUCAAACUCGUCCAGGUCACGUCGACGGCGGAGUGGUCCGGCGCGGCGGCUGGGGCUGACCAAGCUGAUGGACUUCACGCUCGGAGUCAUGAGCCAGGCCGCGCAGCCAUGGCGACUAGUCGUCGGCAGGGUCGGCCGCAUCGGACAUGGAGAACUCAAGGGUUGGAGCUGGCUCCUGUCCCGCAAGCACCUGGUGCGCGCGUCGGCCACGCUGCGCGAGAUAUGCGGCAGCUGCACCGUGCUGUACCCGGGCGGCGUGCCCUGCAUCCUGUCGGCCUGCCUCGUGUCCACGGAGCCCGACUCCUGCCUGCGCCUCAUGGCCGACCGCUUCACGCCCGACGAGCGCUUCUCGCAGGCCUCCAUCCAGUCGCACCUGCACACGCCGCGCGACGUCACCGCCACGCACAUACUCGUCUUCCCCACCUCCGCCACCACGCAGUCAAACCAGAUGCCCUUCGAGCCACCCAUGGCGAACGGCGAGGACAGCGAUAUGAUGUUCUUGAACGUGGACAUGGGUGACGAGGAUAUGGGGGAAGACAACAUGACGGACCUGUUGAUCGGCGACAUGUUCAACAACAUGUGGGCCGCAGGCAGUCCACGGCGCACCGACGACGACCCCGCCGGCAGCCCGCAGGCACAUCAUCAUCACCAAGCUGCCUUCCAUCAUCAGGACGACAACACCACUGAGGCGGUGGGCGCGCUGCUGCAGCAGCCGCUGGCGCUGGGCUACAUGGUGUCGACGGCGCCGCUGGGCGCCAUGCCGGCGUGGUGGUGGGCGGGCUGCGCGCACCUGCGCGACGCCUGCCCCGCCUUCCUCAAGACGGCGCUGCACCUGCACGCCGGCUCGCUGCAGGCCGCCGACGACUACACGUCGCUGACGCAGCGCCGCGACCACAACACGCACCCGCUGGACUCGCAGACCACCACCGACGUGCUCAGAUACGUGCUGGAGGGCUACAACGCGCUGUCGUGGCUGGCGCUGGACGGCAACACGCACGACCGCCUGUCGUGCCUGCCGCUGCACGUGCAGGUGCUGAUGCAGCUGUACCAUACUGCGGCCGCGCUGGGCUAG